UUACGGAUCGUCGUUUCUCGCUCGCGCGUUGAAGUUUUUACGGAAACGUCGCCGCGCGAGAAGAGAGUGUCCGACUUGUUUCGAUCUAUACUUCGCGACGCCGUGGACCUGCCUCGAAAUAAUACAAUGAACGUGAUCGGCAGAUUAUGUCAAUUGAGGCCAACGUUGCGAGGUUGCAGAAAUUUAUACCUUACACACGAUAAAAAUGCAUACGAAGGACCUGGUAAAACCACCGUGACGUUCAUCAGUAAGGAGAUGGGCUCUCAAAUCUACGUGAAUCAUUGUGACCAGAUAGGAUUCAUGUUGAAUACCGGUAUAAAAAUAUUGGGGCCAACAAUUCUCUUUCCCAAACAAGCUAUCUGCUGGAACAUUCAGUCUGGCAAGUACAUAAACGAGGCGUCGCUUUCGUUAUUCACUGUCCUCGAGCCAAAGCCUGAUCUCUUGGUCAUUGGAUUGGAUGAUCAGUAUGAUUUUGCUUAUAUGAAAAGUCUUCGAGAAUGUGUACACAAGCUUGGAAUCAAUACGGAAAUACUUUCCGUAUACAAUGCAUGCACGGUGUUCAAUUUCGUCAAUGAAGAGAGCAGAUUCGUCGUUGCAGCAUUGAUACCGCAAAAAGCAUUUAAACGACCACUGAAAUUACCACGGAGUGAACCUGCGAAACAAAUAACGGACUCUGAUAGUGCUAAAAACAGCAAAACAGACAGUGUAAAAACAGAAAGUAUAAGAAAUCGAUAGAACAUAUAUGUGACAAUUUGG